AGAUGAUCUGAUCGAUCCAGAAAGCCCGGGCCUUGUUGCGAUCACUCGUUCCAAUCCACCUGGUUCUCCCCAGGCCCCACCACUAUACUAAGGAUAUGGCAAACGUGGUCGAUAUCAACACUCGCGAUGUUCAAAAUCUGAUUAAUGGGAAUGUCGCCGGGGAUCAGAUUGGCGGAAGCAAAUUCGGAGGAGACCAAGUCUCAGGGGACAAGAUCACCGUAGCGAUGCACAAUAUCAUGAUCGGCCCCGCGACAAUAGGCGAGUUCGGAUUGAAGAGCUCAGACAACAACACUAUGAACCAUCUCCAGCGAAUCGCUGAGCUGGUCUCAAUCAUGAUGCUCGCUGAGGUCCAAGAGAGAAACUUGUCGAGCCCUACAACCUCAUUUCUGGGCUUAUCGGAUAUCAGAAACGCCCUUGAAGAGUUCCACAAACUGCACUAUACUGGUACGCUCGAAACCAGCACAGGGAGCCACAGCAUCAACCUCUGCGAUUUGUUCCCUCUGGUAGCCAAUUCGCAGGCAACACUCCACUAUUAUAGCUCAAUGCGGAACAUUCGCCGGCGUAGGGAGGGGAACUCGUUGGCGACCCAAUUACGAAAGUCCCGACAAUUGCGAGACUGGGUAGCUCAGUCUGGUUCCUCUCAGCUCGUGGUGAAAGGCUCCUUCCGCUCUCGUCAUGUGCUCCGAGACUUUGCUGCGGAUAUGAUCGAUCUGCUUCACGCGGAAAAGAGGCUUGUUGCUUGGGUUCUUCAGUACAAUAGCGGCAAGUCGGAGGGUGUAUUCGAAAUCGUGGAUGUUGUGAAACAACUUGUGCGCCAGGUCGUCCAGCAAAAUUCUGGGAUAGUGACUGAACGUGGCGCCUCGUUGACUGCUAGGAGGGUUCAAAAUGCAUCGAGCGUGGACGAUUGGUUUAGCCUGUUAGGAUCGGUGCUGAAUGGGGUCAGGGAAGUGUACUUACUCUUGGAUACAGCGGCCUUCUCAGACCCAGCCCAGGAGUAUCAAUGGUCAUUGAGAUUUGACGAGCUCUUCAAUGAGCUGCGGGAACGUCGAAUUCCUUCAACUCUAAGGGUCGUAUUUAUCAACUAUCGACAAACUAUGAGUCGCCGGCUGCAGGCUUCGCCUGCAACGGUGAUCGAUGUGAACUCACCCCAAGUGGGACAACGGCUGCAGUCACAACCUUGGAGGUCUGCAAGUGGUAAAUAAUGUGUUGUAUAUGGUAGAGUGACUGCUUAAACCUACGGAUUGUGGCGGAGGAUAAAAGGCUCCUUCCUCUUAAGAAAGGCGGUUUCUGGGCGAUUCCCUUCAUUCAUCUAUUUAUCUCCUCUCUCCCUCCCUAUUUGGAAUUCCUGAUUCAUCUGCUCCAUAUACGCUUUGAUGAUAGCCGAAUACCAUCGUUCCUCG